CGAUCUAAUACCUAUAUAACAGCGCUGCUCAGAGUCCCAGAAGCGCAAUUGGUGCGACUACUACUGUAGAUAAGAGUCAGCUUCUGAAUAUUGUCCAAUUUCAAGAGCCUCAAUAGCAAUCCAAAUCUAUCAAUUCACCCACGUCAUCCAUCGUCUUCAAACCCUCCAGCAUGUCCACCCAGCAGAGAUUCUCCAACACAGACACUGGCGACAAGCCGGCUGAUCCGUACACGCUGGCCAACAUCGACACCGAGGCCACUCUGGAGCAAAAGAUCGAGGACCUGAGCAAAUUCAUGACCAGUUCGAAAUAUGGCAUGAUGACCACCAGGGAUUCCGAGACGGGCAAGCUGGUGUCGAGGGCCAUGGGAUUGGCGGCCAAGGAAUCAGGCGGCGUCGACCUUCUUUUCCAUACCAACACCGAGUCGCACAAGACCACCGAGCUGAAUUCGGAUCCUCACGCCAACAUCUCGUUCCUCAACAGCUUCGGCGAGUGGGCGUCCAUCAGUGGCGUAUGCGAGAUCUUGACCGAUCGCGCGACCGUCAAGAAGUAUUAUUCUCCAACUCUGAGGGCGUGGCUAGGCGACUUGGGAGAUGGGGUCCACGACGGAAGCGAGAACGACCCUCGCAUCGGCAUCAUCCGUGUCAAGAUGGUCACCGCCACUUACAGCAUCUCCACCAAGGGCAUCGUUGGUCAGGUUGUCGAGGUAGCCCAGGGUAGCGUCACAGGCAAACCUGCGCAUGUGAACAAGCUGAGAGAGAUCAGCGAAGCUGAUGUCCAGACAUGGAGGUCUUCGCACUGAGUUUGGCGCGUCUAUGUUAGCACGAGGACGCAAGAUAACUGCGGCAGUGGUCGGGAUGGGAGGGGAAACAAUCAAUGGACAGGUGUAUCUUACCGACAAGAGAGAUUCAUUCGCGAUUCUGUUACUGCCUUCCCUGAUACUCGGCCUUCCAGAUGCUCUCCCACGUGUCUCGGUUGAUGGCAAAUUCCCUAGCGUAAUCAUA